GUUAGCCACGUCAACACAUAACAGACUCAGUUAACGGAGUUGGACGGCAACUAACAACGAGUGAUUAAAUGUGUCCCGUUUUAGUCAUUAUAGUGACCAAAUUUGAUAUUAACCUUUUCUAGUGACUAAACAUGUCCUGAUUAGUAAUCUCAGUGACCAAAUGUGUCUUUAACUCGAGAAAAAUGGGAUGUCAAGAAUCUACCUAAAUAACGGUUUGACCCAACGGGUGAAAUUACAUGGUAUGCAUGUGAGCCGGUUCGGUUCGGAUCAACCCAGUCUAAAAAGCAAAAAUUCCUCCAGCCCAUGAAUGGCCGAGUCCAAUGAACUUCCACAGCCUGGGCCUUCGUUUUGUGAGAUAUUGGGCCGUCACGCUAUCCAGCAGACCAAUCCCGUGGGCUUUCAUCUCUAUCUCAGAAGUCACUAGUCAUAAACAUAAAGGAACCCUUCUCUUCUCUCCCAUUUCCCAAACCCUAGCAGAAACGUUUUGAGUCUCUCGUCUGCAGCGCCGUGCAGUCCUCUCUCGACUCUCGCCAUCUUUCUCAGCUCCUAUCAAUGUAAGUCUCUCGUCGUCCCCGGUCCGAUCGACAGUAUCGUUUUUCGUUAUAGGGUUUUCCUUUGUUGAGAGUCCUACUCCCUCGCCGUCCACUCACUCGCUGUUUCGUUCGUCAUUUGAUCGUUUUUUCUCUCUUUUUGAUCUGCUUGUAGCUAGAAACAAUGUCGUUCGGAGAGGUGGCAUGCAGUUACGCUGUGAUGAUUCUCCACGAUGAUGGCAUCCCCAUCACGGCGGAGAAAAUUAGCACAUUGGUUAAGGCAGCGAAUGUGAACGUUGAGUCUUACUGGCCAAGUCUGUUCGCCAAGUUGGCCGAGAAGAGGAACGUUGACGAUCUGAUAAUGAACGUUGGAGCUGGUGGCGGCGGUGCUGUUGCCGUUGCUGCUCCUGCUGGUGGAGCUGCUGCACCUGCUGCUGCUGCCCCUGCAGCUGAGGAGAAGAAGGAGGAGGCCAAAGAAGAGAGCGAUGACGACAUGGGUUUCUCCCUCUUUGAUUAGAAAGAAGAAAGCGCGAUUAUACAUCUGCUGCCAUGGUUGUGUACUUGUGUUUCUGUUAUCUCCCAAGUUUUGAUUUAAGUGUAGUUAUUAAUGUCCUUUUCGGAGGAGGGUUGAGGUAUUGUUCUUGUUGCCUCACAAGUUAUAUGUUCUGGAAUUGAGAUCCUUUGGAAAGUUACUUCUGCUUUUGGUGUUUUAGGGAUAAUACGAAAUGCCUGAGACUUGUUUCCCAUUUGUGUCCCUUUACUCAUGUGUAUGAUUUUGGCUUCUGCCCCCAUUGUCUUUGGGCUCGCCCAUGAAUGGUUUACUGGGCAAGAUUUCUGACCUAAAGGAGAAACACUGUUGGUGUCGAUAAAACAGAAUCGACCAGCCAAUGGUUGUUUUGUGUUAAAUCGUCUCGUCGGAGUUCUUCUGUCGCUCUUAACACUUCUUGAUAACUUGGGAGGUUAUCACUGUUCCAUAUUGUUGAGGAAAGGCUGUCUAGAGGAGGAAGGCUGUGACUGAAACGGCUGCUCAGCCGCACAGGGCUUACCCGGGCUUUGCUCAUGAACUGCCCAUUGCUUUGAUGAGUACUGUACGGUUAAUAUUGGGGUCGUGGAGAUUCGAAUACAUGACUUUUCGGUUUUAGGCUUUGAUACUAUGUCAAGAACCAGUUGAUCCCAAUAACUCGAAUUGUUGGGAGAAAGUUAUACUGGAUCAUAUACCACUCUCUUAAGUAAGUCCUAGUAAAAGAAGAUAGAAAAAAUAGGGGUUAAAAAAUAAGAUGAAAAAAA